AUGAGCCUACUGCGACAUUUCACAUUACGUCUGAGGUCUCCUCCGAGACCCGAUGCACCAUCGACUUGCAUCAAAUACACGCUAUUGUUCGUCAACGCCAUCUUUUGUGUUCUAGGGAUCCUCCUAAUGUUCGACGGUAUAUACAUCUUCCUGAGAUUAAAAUUCGAAAAUGAACUGACAGAUUGGUUUAAACUGCAAAGCUUUAUGCUAUACAUGCCUACUUUGCUUUUCUUUACUGGAUUUUCUCUGUACCUUAUCGUGUUUUUUGGAUGUGUCGGAGCCCUGAAAGAGAACACUCUCUUUUUGGCAAGCUACGGGAUUUUCAUCUUUUGCUGUCUGAUUCCGAUAAUCGCUGCCGGAGUCUUGGCUUUCUUGCAAAGAGAAAAACUCGUAGACCCGAAAGCGCGACUGGAAGACGGCCUGAAGAGCUACCAACAGGAUUCCUCAAAACAAGAGUUCAUCGACUUCAUCCAAACUCGUUUCAAAUGCUGCGGAAUUGAAUCAUACAAGGAUUGGCAAGCGAAUCGUUACUUUAGCUGCUCGUCUCCCGUGCCAACGGCGUGUGGCGUUCCUUUUUCUUGUUGCAAGAAAUCAAUUCAAGGCAAUAGGCAGUGUGGUUACGAUGCGGGGAAAUUAAAAACCGACGCUGACCGUCUGGAGAAUGGCGUUUACUCCAAGGGCUGCGUGGUAGUUGUGGGAUUCAUAAAGGAUGUUAUAAAUCUAGUGAUCGGUGUCAUGUUUGCUGGGCUCAUUUUCAUUAUUGUCGCAAUGAUCAUGGCGUUCUCGUUUCGAGCGCAAAUUCGAGAAGUACAAAAGAACGCGAGAUUCCAGAGUGAACUCGGAAUCCAAAGGGGUUUUUAACGGUUCUGAUAUCGAUGAAAGUAAAAAAAAAAAUACAUAAAGUAAUACCACUAACGUGAUAAAAAUGAUUGACAUACAGUAGCAUUUGACUAUUAUGAUAUUUGAUAAUUUUAGUUUAUAAAAGCAUGAUUAAAAGUAUGGAGAGAAGGUAGGUUUUAGAGACGAAAGAACAAUGUCAAUAACGAUGAUAAUAAAAACGGAACUACAAAAAAUGAAAACAA